CAGGAUGAGUGGCAGGGAGGCGGGACGUCAUCAGAGAGGGUCCUCACCCCGGGGGGGAGGUCCCGGGAAGAUGACGCAGCUUCCGCUCUGAGCCCCAGCCCGGCCUCCAUCCGCGCGCGGAGCGCAACCCCCAGCGGCCGCUCCUGCAGGGGCCGUUCUGAAUGGCCGAGUCUCCGCCACCUCGCGUGCUCACUGGCUGUGUGCAGGCUCCUGGCAGCUCCGCGCCAACGGCUCUUUUCUCCGCGGCAGCCAUUCUCUCUUCCCAGCCCCGACCCGGGAGCGGCCCGGGAGCCUCAGUCCUUGCUGCUCUGUGGACUUCCCUCUCUGCACGACCGACUCCUCAGGAGGACGCCCGCAGGCCUCAGAAACGGAGAAUGAGGCCCAGGAUGGCUCAGAGAUCACGUGGCCAAAGACAGGGCGUGCUGGAGACUGAUGCAGAGUGGGUUCUACACAGACCCCCUGGAGAUUACCACAUUAAUCCUAUGAAUGGACUAAUAUGGACGAUUCCUUGCAAAAUUUCACUUCUUAAUUUAAUUGGCAUUAAAUAUCCCCUUGAGUUUCAGAGGGGGAUAGACCAUGUAAUAAAGCACGACAGAGAUUCAAAGACAGAGAGUGAGAAAACUCUUCCAUCUGCUGUUUCACUCUUAAAAUGCCUUCAACAGCGGUGGCUAGGCCAGGCUAAAGACAGAAGCCAAGAAGUCAAUCCAGGUCUCCUAUGUGUGGCAGAUAUCCAAGUACUUGAGCCAUCACCUGCUGCCAGGGAUAAUUCUACGGACUUCUUCAUGUUUCCAAAAGCAAAGAAAAUGAAUACACCUUCAGUGUUGGUGUCAUUUGAAGACCUGGCUGUGGACUUCACCCAGGAGGAGUGGCAGGACCUAGACAAUGCUCAGAAGACCCUAUAUAAGGAUGUGAUGCUGGAGACCUACAGCAGCCUGCUAUCCUUGGGGCAUUGCAUUAUCAAACCAGACUUGAUCUACAAAUUGGAGCAAGGAGCAGAGCCAUGGAUAGUGGAAAAACCCCUAAACCAGAGCCUCCCAGUUGUCCAGAAAAUGAGUGAUCUGAUUGAGUCCAACCAGGAAAGGCAAGACAUAAAUUUGGGACAAAUUGCAAACAGAAAAAGCACUUCAACUCAGAAGAGACUCAAAUUAAGAAAAACAGUUAAUUUAAGCUCAAGCCAUAUUCCAAAACUAAUUACAAAAAAGAGAAAUUGUUCAGGAAGGAAAACUGAAACAAGCAGUGCAUUUCAGAAUAUGCAUUUCACUAGUGGGCUGGAUGAGAUGCAAGUACAAGAGAAAUCUGAUGGCUGUAAUACACCCCGGACAGCCCUCUCACACUGGGAGCAACUUAGACAGCAUCACAAGAUUCAGACUGUGCAGAAGCCUUUUGAACAGAGUGGACAAUGGAAAGGCUUCAGUAGAAGGAGGCUAUUGUUUGCAUGUGAAAAGGCUUAUGGAGGAAAGAUCUGUAGUAAUUUAACUGCGAUUGUAGGAAAAGCCACUCAGAUAGAAAAUAAAGCUAUCCAUAAAAAUUCUAAUGUCACUGAACAACAGCAAUCACAUAUGGAAGAGAAACCAUAUGAAUCUUUUGAAGAAAUGCUCACUUACAAGUCAGAUCUUAAAAUAAGUCAGAGACCACAUACAGGGAGAAAGCCCUAUGAAUAUAAAUGCCACCAGGAAUCUUUCAAUUGUAAAUUAUGCCUUACCAUCCAUCACAGAACUCAAGUAUGGGAAAAAUCCUGUGAGUACAACAAAUGUGGAAAAGUCAGUUAUCAAAAGUCAGACUUAGUUAGCCAGAAGUUGGGCCUCAUUAAGCAUCAGAAAAUUCACACAAGGGAGAAAACCUAUGAAUGUGAUGAAUGCGGAAAAGCCUUUCACCUGAAGUCACACCUCAUUAGACAUCAGAGAAUACACACAGGGAGAAAACCUUAUGAGUGUGAUGAAUGCGGAAAAGCCUUUCGCCAGCAGCCACACCUCAUUACCCAUCAGAGAAUACACACAGGGGGGAAACCUUAUGAAUGUGAUGAAUGUGGAAAAGCCUUUCACCAGACAUCAAACCUCAUUACCCAUCAGAGAAUACACACAGGGUGGAAACCUUACAAAUGUGAUGAGUGUGGAAAAGCCUUUCGUCAGAAGUCAAGCCUCAUCACACAUCAGAGAAUACACACAGGUGGAAAACCUUACGAAUGUGAUGAGUGUGGAGAAGCAUUUCGUCAGAAGUCACAUCUCAUUACACAUCAGAGAAUGCACACAGGUGGAAAACGCUAUGAAUGUAAUGAUUGUGAAAAAACAUUUUCCCGGAAUUCAAGCCUCAUUAUACAUCAGAGGAUUCACACUGGGGAGAAACCUUAUGAAUGCAAUGAAUGUGAAAAAGCCUUUCACCGGAAGUCAGACCUGAUUACGCAUCAGAGGAUUCACACAGGGGAGAAGCCUUAUGAAUGUAAUAAAUGUGGAAAAACCUUUUGUCAUAAAUCAUACUUCAUUAAACAUCAGAGGAUUCAUAUAGGCGAUAAACCUUAUGAAUGCAAUAAAUGUGGAAAAGCCUUUCAUCAGAAGUCAGACCUCAUUAAACAUCAGCGGAUUCACACAGGGGAGAAACCUUAUGAAUGUGUUAAAUGUGGAAAAGCCUUUCACCGGAAGUCAGACCUUGUUACACAUCACAGGAUUCAUACAGGGGAGAAACCUUAUGAAUGUAAUACAUGUGGAAAGGCCUUUUGCCAUAAGUCAUACCUCAGUACACAUCAGAGGAUUCAUACAGGGGAAAAACCUUACAAAUGUAAUGAAUGUGGAAAAACAUUUUCCCAGAAGUCAAGCCUCAAUAGGCAUCAUAGAAUUCACACGGGGGAGAAGCCAUUCCCUUGUCCUGACUGCACGAAAGCUCAGCAACAGCACACAUAUAAGAAUCAACAGCGGAAAACUCAUACCAAAGUGGAAGCCUAUGAAUGCAGUGAAUGUGGAAAGUUCUUCGGCCAGAAGUCUGCCCUAAUAGUGCAUCAGCGUACUCAUUCCGAGAACAAAUCCUAUGAUUGUGAUAAGUGUGGGAAAUCUUUCUCUAAAAAUGAAGACCUCACAAAACAUCAGAAAAGUCACACCAGAGAUAAAACCUAUGAGUGCAAAGAAUGUAAGAAAAUUUUCUAUCACGUGUCUUCUCUCAGUAGACAUCUGAAAACCCAUGCAGGGGAGAAACCCUAUGAAUGUGAUAAGUGUGAAAAGUCCUUCUACCAGAAACCACACCUCAUGGAACAUCAGAAAACACACACAGGGGAGAAACCGUUUGAAUGUACUGAAUGUGGGAAGUUCUUUUAUGUGAAAGCAUACCUCAUGGUACAUCAGAAAACACAUACAGGGGAGAAACCCUAUGAGUGUAAGGAAUGUGGGAAAACCUUUUCCCAGAAGUCUCACCUCACAGUACAUCAGAGAUCACACACAGGGGAAAAACCCUAUAAGUGUAAGGAGUGUGGGAAAUUCUUCUCUAGGAAUUCACACCUCAAAAUCCAUCAGAGAAUUCACACAGGAGAGAAACUGUUUAAAUGUAAGGAAUGUGGAAAUUGCUUCUACCAGAAGUCAGCUCUAACGGUACAUCAGCGAACUCACACAGGAGAGAAACCCUUUGAGUGUAGUAAAUGUGGGAAAAGUUUCUUUUAUAAAUCAGACCUCACUAAACAUCAGCGAAAACACACAGGAGAGAAACCGUAUGAAUGUACAGAAUGUGGUAAAUCUUUCUCUGUGAAUUCAGUCCUCAGAUUACAUGAAAGGACUCACACAGGAGAAAAACCCUAUGAAUGCAAGGAAUGUGGGAAGUCUUUUUCUCAGAAGUCACACUUUAUCAUACACCAGAGACAACACACAGGGGAGAAACCCUAUAAGUGUAAGGAGUGUGGGAAACUCUUCUCUAGGAAUUCACACCUCAAAACCCAUGAGAAAUCUCACACAGGAGAGAAACUCUUUAAAUGUAAGGAAUGUGGGAACUGCUUCCACCAGAAGUCAGCCUUAACAGAACAUCAGCAAACUCACACAGGGGAGAAACCCUUUAAGUGUAAGAAGUGUGGGGAGACCUUUAUCCAGAAAUCACAGCUCACUGCACAUCAGAAGACACACACAAAGAAGGCAAAAGCUGGUAGUGUUGGUUGAAAAAUUCUGACUUCGUCUUCGAAAAUAAUCAGCUAAUUCACUUUAGAGAAACCUUAUAAAUACCAUCAAAGUGGAAACAAUUUAAGCCACAAUCUUUACUCACAGACUAUCAGAGAAUAAAAAGAGAAGUUCUAUACAUUCAUUAGGGAAAAUUUUUUACCCUCUGGUAGACUGUACUAAAGCAGCAGAGAACAUUUGAUGGCAGAAACCAUACAAUUAUAAAACAUGAGGGAAGUCUGUUAUUUUACAGUGGAAAAAUCACACAGGUAUGAAAUCCCGUAACUAAAAUGAAUCUCAAGAAAUUUUCUGCUAGAGAAGCCAGUGCUAGACAUCCAAAAGCGCACAAAUUAGGAACUCCUGAGUAUCCUGAGUACACAGAAAUCUUUUUAUACAAGUUGAACUCAUAUAUUAGAGAACUCAGAGGGGAAAACUACAAAGAUUAGAACAGGAAGAAAAAUCCUUUCUCAAGAACUCAUGUUUCAUCAAACAUCAGAUUUCUGAUACUUGGAUAAGACCUUUAUAGGUAUCCUAAAUGUGUGAGAUUUUUAAGGAAAUUGGAAGAAUUUGUACUGAGGGAAACAGUUACACUUCUGAGUUUUUCUUCUUUUGUAAAAAAGAAAUCUGUACAUGUAUGGGGCUGUAAAACAGUACAGGUAAAUUGAAUAACCAGGCAAAAUCAUUAAACACACAUGAAGUGUCCUUUAGGAGUUGUAGGACGUGUGUGUGAGUAUACACCAAAUCAUAAUGUGUAAAUCUUUGACAUGCAUGUGGAAGCCAUCCAUAGUUGUACAGAGAAAAUGUGUAACCUUAGUUCAAUACCUUUUGUAUGUAGCAACAUGUCAUUUAUUAAUUCUCAGUGACUUGUGUUGUUAUAUAAGUAUUGUAGUGGAAUUUUUAAAAAUUUUUAAAAAUGUGCUUUUUUGUAAAUGGAUCUAAACAUUGUUACUGAACUAACCUUUCAAAAUGCAGCUAAAGUGUUUUUGUAAAAUUUGCAACUGUCUCGUGAUCAGCCAGAUUUCACUGGGGACACAAAUUUACAGCAAAAGCCUGAGCUGCUUUUGAAGCAGUUGAAACUAGUAAUAUUUAUUGCACUUUCCAAAAUAAAAACCAAUAGUGCUAUGUGGUAAGCAUUAUCAUUGUUGAUGUUUUAGCUGUAUGUAAAGUUAUCUACAUUCAUAUUUUGUCAAAGAGUUCUAAAUGUUCUUCAGUACUUUUUAUUUCCCAGUAGAAGCAACGUGGUGUAAUGGUCAGGAGUGUAGACUCAGGCCUCCUUCUGUCUAGGCCCAGAGCUGUCUAGACCGAGCACUAGCCUGGGGCAUGCCUCUCAACCUCUCUGUGCCUCAGUUCCUUUCCUAUCAAAGAUAGUAAAAUCUUGGGAUUUCUUUGAGGUCUAAAUAUGUUCAUAUUUUAAAGUACUUAGAAAAAUAUCAGAUACAAAGAGCUAUAUAUUAGAUAUUAUCAACACAAUUUAUAUUUCAUGAAUUAUGCUGCAAAUACUUUAAAAGGGGACAGUUACCCAGCACUCGUCCCCCACCUUAUUGCUGCUAGUGCCUUGAUUUGGUUCAAUUGUGUAUUUUCCCCCCAAAUGAUUCAGAGAUCCUGUUUGUGUUCAUCUAGGUGUUGGCAGUUUACAGCCUGACAAUCAGAUCUUGUCCACUGCCCAUUUUGUAGCUUGCAAGCUAAGAAUGAUUCUACAUUUCUAAAUAGUUGAAAACAUUAAAGAAUAUUUUGUGACACAAGAAAAUUAUAUAAGAUUUCCAGUGUCCAUAGUUUUGAAAACACUAAUACAAACAAAAAGCAUUUGUUCACUUUUGCUGUUACAUGUGUUUUGCUUAUGGCUGCCUUCCCACUGUACCAGCAGAGUUGAAAAGUUGUGACAGACACCAUAUGGCCCACAAAACCUAAGACGUUUCUUAUAUGGCACUUCAAAAUAAGUUUUUCUGUUGCCCAUUGUUGAAAACAUUGCAACCAAUGUAAAGGUAUACUUUCAUGAAUGUUUUGUAUUUCAGUAGUGAUGCAUACUGCAAUUUGUGGAUGGGUGGUUUUUGUGCAGUGUUUAUUUUGUGUAUUAUAUUUAUAUGUUAAAAACCCUAAGCUUUGAAGUAUUUUUCCAAAGAAAUGUGUUUUUUACUUGCUAAAUUGUCAUCAUAUCAAAACAGGAGAUUUCCUGAAGUGUAGCAAAUAUAUGAAAUAAACAGUCUAAAUUGA